UGUCCCUGCCUGCGGCUGCUCUGUGUGUGAUGGUAUGGUCUGGUGUUGCCAGGCAAGGAGGAGGAGGCUGAGCGCGACCCAGCUCCCCCGGCCAUCGACCCCAAGGACCCUAACUACGACUCGGGAUCAGAAGAGAACAAGGAAACCGCCAACAAGGUGGGUGACGCACUGACUAAUGAAUGCACCACAGAGCACACCACGCACGCCACACAAUGGUGGCCUGUCGUGUUUGUUGUGUGCAGUAACCAUUGUCGAUACGGUUCGUCGCCAUGGAGUGACGGUGCUGCUGAGUGUGUGUGUGGACGGCGGACGCGAUCGCAUGUGCGGGGUAGGAGGCGGCGCGGUCGUGGGACGGAGCCCGUGAGGUGAUGUCUGACGACACACCCGAGUUGUCUGUCUGUACCUCUGCGCCUGCCUUCCUGCCUCCGCUGCCUGUGGCUCUUGUCUGCACGUCUGUCUGUGUGUGUGUCGAUGGCUGAGUGGAUGGCUGGGUGGCUGCCGAUCGUGCGUGUGUAUUCUUUUUCCUUCCAUGAGCUGCUCAUACCUACCACACGCACGGAUCGUGACGGUUGUGUGAUCGGCUGAGUGUGGCUUGGUGUAUGCCUUGCUUGAUCUGCGUCUGAGUGUUGAUGGCAUGCUUCGGCACGUAUGCGUACCUAUCACAUCACCAUGAGUGUGGAGGAGUUGUGUGGCUGUUGUGGUGUAGCUAAGCGAAUGUGGUCAUGUGUGUCUGUGGUGGUGUGGUUCCGUUGCGUCCCGAACCCUCGCGGGAACUGCAUGCAAGAUGGUGACAGCCCUCUUGCUGUGCAAUCUCUCGUGGGUCGUUUACGUCACGAAACCACACCGUCACGCACGCGGAGGAAAGCCCCGAGGUCAUCACCUGUCUGUCUGUCGUGUCUGUCUGUCUCUCUGUCGGUCUGGAUACCUCUCUGGUCGCCUGGAUGCCCUUACGUAAUGGCUGACAUGACAUGCACUCUGGGCACGACACACACACGGCUCCCUCAUUUUUGGAGUCACUUACUCCCACGCCACACGGGGGCCGCUAUGUGAUAUCGGUUUCAACGAAUGACGAUUAUUUCCUGCCUGCCUGCGUGCCCUCUCCCUCCCUCUCUGCCUUUUCCCUGCCUGCCUGCCUGCCCUCCUGCGUGCCUGCAGUCCGUGCGCAGUGUAACAUGGCCUGCAUGAGGUCGUUUUUCUCCUUUGUAUCCGCAUACGGUGCGUGAGAUGGGGAGGAUGGGGAGGAUUGUGUUGUGUUAGCCACGCAAGAAGGGAUGCCAGGCAGAGUAAGUCGCCUACCAGAUCUGAUGGGCGCAUCUGGGCGGGCGGGGCCCUCUCUCGUGUGUGGGUGAACGUGCGUGCGUAUGAGUGGAUGUCUGCAUACGUGCCUGGUGGCAUGCCUAGUACUGGGACGAAUGAAAUGAAUGCGGUGGUGAAUGGACUCUACGUGAGCUCAAGGCUGCUGCGUACGAUACGCUGUAAUGCGGUUCUCAACGAUUCACAGCCCUCUCGUCUUUGGGACCGCGAAACGGCUCUUCUUAUGCGUUUACAUUUGGCGAGGGGGAUGGAUGCUUUUGAGCUUGAAGACGACUGUGAGGGUGAUUUCCUGGGCAUUGGGAGCUUCGACGAUAUCGUUCUGCAGGAACAGCAAUCCUCAGGGGCAGAUCAUCAGCCUCUGACAGAGGUGAGGACAGGCCUGCGAAGACACAGCCACACCUUCCUGCUGCUGCAGCCUGAGAGCCAUAGAGAUGCUAAGAACUGCGCAGAGGACCUCUUGGAACGGUUCAAAGUAUGCUCGUGCCCGUGGGGGGGCUCUUUAUCUGUUUCUCCUUUGUGUUUUUGCAGGUAGAUCAUUCGGUGGAUGGCGGGGUGCUUCUGCAGGCCGAUGGCGUCACACUGGCCGUCCAAGAGGUACAUAAAGCAGAGAGAAGCCAAUGCCAACCCAUUCCUUCUCCGUCUGUGCAGGUCACCGUUGGUGCUGGUCGUCUGGAUGUUAUCGCAGCAGCUGCACCGGCCAACUUGAACGAGCCUUCAUCUGCUGCCGCGUGCGCGGCCAAUGGAGGGCCGUCGGCGGAGCGCGUUGCAUGUCUGCGAUGGGAGGGGCGAUUGGGCGAUGGGUGCGAGAGGCGGGAUGUGCAUAGGCUGGGGUUCGCGAUGGAGGAUGUAGACGACUGCCAUCUGAAGGUGGGGAACAACACACAUCACCGUGCACAGAGUGACAGAGAGAGAGAGAUGCAUCGCUUUUGACCCGCAGGCGGUGCCAGGCGAGAGGCCCACGCUGAGCAUCGAGGUGUCGGGCAAGGACGGCCAUCCGAUGUUCGUUAGCCUCGUGUUUGGCGGUGAGCCGACUUGUGAGGCCGGCCGACAGGAAAAGGACCCAUCGCAGACCCCGUCCAAAGUCUACCGCAUGUAGGCCGUCCAUCCAGCUGUCUAUAAACCACGCAUUUUUUUCACAUCAUUGCAGGAUCUCGCAGGCGGACGGACCGAAGAACGACGACCACUCAUCGAACAGCACAGGCAACAGACACUCCCCUGACCCGUUUCAUGCACUCUCGCCUUUAUAUCUCUCCACAGCGCUCCCCAGCAGUGCCACAUCCAGCUCACAGCCGCAUCCGCAUCAGAAUUCUUCCCCGUCCCCUCCUCCCGGCCCCCCCUCACCCAAACCGUCAAGGAUGCGCCUUCACAAGAGGGCCGAGGGUGCGAGCGACGAGUGGUGCGACGCCACACGGGAGAAGCUGUGUGGGGCCCUGCUGGAAGGGCUGCCUGAGGGGCGAUUCCACCAAAGCGGCAAGGAGUGGUAAGGGCGGAUAGAAAAGAAUGCAUUGGGUUGUGUUGAAUACGCCGAUCUUCUCUGUGUGCGUGUCUUGUGUCUGUCUAUGCAGCCAUUCAUUAGAGGCUGUGUUGCGUCGGAGCCAGCUGCUGCAGAAGCUCGCCCGUGAGAGCAUCGAGAAAGGUGCGUGCGCACAGCGAAAGAGAGAGAAGAGACUCACACACAUACACCCGUUGCGUCUCUCAGUUCUGAAGACUGUGGGGGGCAUCUGUGAGAUCUGCUGCGACCGACCCGUCAACACUCGUGAGUGAGGACGGACACACUUGACGGCUGCAAAUGGCUCGUGCAUGUCUGCGUGUGCGUUGCAUGACCAGGUCUCGGGUGCGAGUGUGGGCAUUACAUCUGCUCGGCGUGCAACAAAAAGCUGGAGGGUCAGCAAGAAAGAGACACGAUGCCUUGCCGUCCCCGGGGUGCUGCAUGUGUGUCUCUAUGCAGAGCGCGUGUGCCCAUGGUGCCGGCAGCAGUGUAGGCAGAGCUUUGUGCUCUCAUCGUAGCUGCCUCAGUUGCGUAUGCGGAUACACACACGUGCGUCGGCCGUCCGUGUUUGCUGACGCAUGUUGGACUGAGAUCAAUACAUUGGAUGGCUG